UGACAGGCAGUCAGGCAGAGACCAUAUAGAGGGAAACACUGUAGCUCCCAGGGAGACACUGAUUUUCCCUUUCCUCACAUCGUGCCCAUAGUCCUUUUCCAAGGCUCGGUCGUUUCCGGUCACUCCGUCACUGCCCACCAGGCUUUGUUGCUGGCUUGCUGCUGCUGAGUGUAUAAAUGGUCAGCUUGGCCUCUCUGUAUGUGUGUGCCUUGCGAGUGUGAGUGAGUUCUUGCGAGUUGCAAUGGGGGGGCACCUUGGAGUACCUAUCGGGACUGCUGGGAGGGAGCGGAGGCCAUGACCACGAGAAGACGAAGAAGAGGAAGUAGCUGCAGACUGUGGAGCUCAAGGUCAGGAUGGACUGCGAGGGCUGUGAGCUCAAGGUCAAGAGCGCCCUCUCCUCCAUGAAAGGUGUCGAGUCGGUGGAGAUAAACCGGAAGCAGCAGAAGGUGACGGUGGUCGGGUACGUGGAGGCCGGCAAGGUGCUGAAGAAGGCGCAGUCGACGGGGAAGAAGGCCGAGAUCUGGCCCUACGUGCCCUACAGCCUGGUGAGCCAGCCGUACGUCGCCGGCACCUACGACAAGCGCGCCCCGCCGGGCUACGUCCGGAGCGCUGAGCCCGGCUACGCGCCCAGCGUCCAGCAGCAGCAGCUCGGCCGGCCGCAUGACCACCUCACCGACAUGUUCAACGACGAGAACCCGAAUUCCUGCUCGGUCAUGUGAGGACACCAUGAAGAGAGGUUGACGAUGAUGUUGCAGCUGAUGGAGAGAGACAGAGAUCGGGUAAAUGUUCAUGGCCACUGCCACUUGCGCCGGCCAGUCGACGUCUCGACGACGAUCGUGUCAUAAGUUUUACAUUAAUUAGACUCUGGUAGUUUGUACCGAGGCGUUUAGCUCUUAGUACUAUAUAUGUGUUUUCUUGUAGCUGCCCGCUUAUGAUCCACCUGUCCCGUGAUCGAUGUGUACUGUCAGGA